AUUUUUCUUUUCGAUCUCAAUAUUAGACCCCACCGACCAAGCUCGGUACCUUAUAAUUUAUACUUUGCGCCUCACCCGUGCUUCUGUACUUUACAUACAACAACCGCAACCAUGGUCGAGAAGCUCUACGUCACAUACAACCAGGUGCACAAGCAUUGCCAGGAUGCUGCACCCAGGAUCCUCGAAGAAUUCAAGCCCAACCUCAUGAUCGCCAUCGGCGGCGGCGGUUACGUCCCCGCGCGCAUUCUGCGCUCCUUCCUAAAGCGCGACGGCUCGCCCAACAUCCCCAUUCAGGCGAUCGGUCUCUCUCUGUACGAGCAGCUCGGCGGCUCUGGCGACUCCGAGGUCGAAGUCCCCGGCACAAAAGUCACACGUACUCAAUGGCUCGAUCUUUCUUCUCUCGAGAUGGCCAACCUGAUCGGCAAGAAUGUCCUCAUUGUUGACGAGGUCGAUGACACAAGGACAACGCUCGAGUACGCGGUGCGCGAGCUCGAGAAGGAUGUCGUUGAGGCGCAGAAGAAGUCUGGACGCACAGGGGAGAAGACCACAUUCAGCAUUUUCGUGCUGCACAACAAGGACAAGGCAAAGAAGGGCACACUCCCCGAGGAGACUCUCAAGGGAAGGUAUUUGGCUGCGGAGACCGUCGGCGACGUCUGGAUCAACUACCCUUGGGAAGCUAUUGACAUUGACGAGCACGACCGUCUGUCCGCCGAGGCCGAGAAGAACAAGAAGGCCUAAAUCACAAGUAGUUACCAGCUUUGAUUUAUGAUACCAGGAGAAAGUGAGGAGAGCUUAGGGAAGAAAAAAGCAUCACAUUGACGACUUGGCAUUUGAGCAUUUGCAGGCAGGGAUACACAGGAGUUGGCGGAUACUGAUCUUCAACGACAGUCAUUUGGAUAAUCGGCUCGGAGCCUUACCGUGGGAUAGACACUGGAUGGAAACAAAACUCGAAAGAGCAUUGUUUCACCACUCCCUCUGUUCCUGUGACCUCACGUUCCAUUUCGAAUAUCCCUUCAUACAUGAAGGCACCAAAGCAGCGCUUGGAAGCACUGUCUCAUAGGUGCAUCUGAUACAUGGCGUUGGCCGCAGACUUGCUUCACAUGUCCAUGAUCCGAGGUCGAGUUGAGUGAGACAAG